AUGUUACUAUUGUUGAUACUAAUUCAUACAUUCAAUUGUUUAGAUUUAAAAUGUGUCUCUAAUGAUGUGAAUGAAACUUAUACAAGGGGAGAUCAUUUAACAAUAUGUAUUCACUUUAUAGAUAUUAUUAAAUAAAUUGGCAAAAGAUUAGCAUUCGAUGUAAAAGUGGAUCGUUACACUGCAUUGUAUGCUAAGAAUAGUUAUUCAACUUUAAAAGUGGAUGGAUUAACAAAUCAUUCUAUUGCUAUAUAAGUUAAUAAGCAUGCAUUAAUAUCUCCAUAACUGAAUUAUGUCAUAAAUUCAACUAAUGUGUACCCCAUAUACAGUUUAGUUAUUAAUAUGUAAGAUGGAAAUGUUACAGAUCUGAUCUGGGAUAAUGGUUGUUGGGAUUCAAGUAUGGAAUGCUCAGAUUAUAAUGUAACAAAUUCAAAAGGAGAAAUAUUUAGCGAUUCAAAUAAUUAUUAUAAAGAAUGCACUAAAGAAGUAGAUUGCGAUGCCAAAUUUUAUAUCUCGUUUAUUGGAACUGAUGCUUCGGGGAAUUAUAUGGAAAGUGCAGGUAUUUAAUUAUACAAUUAUUUAGGUAAACGUAUUUCAAGAUUCAGAUAGUAUGCUAUAUCAGAUAUGUUUAGUUCAGCUAAAAAUAUAUUUAGUGGUUAUGUUGAUGAGAUUCGUACAUGAAGAAAUUAAUGAUUAUGG